CUCGUGAGGGCCGGGCCAGGGGUGGCACGGACACAGGCGACCAGGGGCCUCUUUCUGAGACACAGGAAACUGCCUGGGCAUUUGCGAGUCUGGAGAACCCAUCAUGAGCCGCUCAGCUGCCCUUCUCACCGUGGCUCUGGCCACCCUCCUGGCUCCAGGGACUGGGGCGCCUGUCCAGCGGCAGGGCUCCCGGAACAAGGUGCUCCUGGUGUCCUUCGACGGCUUCCGCUGGAACUAUGACCAGAAGGUGUCCACCCCCAACCUGGACGCCAUGGCGCGCGAGGGGGUGAAAGCUCGCUACAUGACCCCGGCCUUCGUCACCAUGACCAGCCCCUGCCACUUCACCCUGGUCACUGGCAAAUACAUUGAGAACCAUGGAGUGGUCCACAACAUGUACUACAACACCACCAGCAAGGUGAAGCUGCCCUACCAUGCCACGCUGGGCAUCACGAGGUGGUGGGACAACGGCAGCGUGCCCAUCUGGAUCACGGCCCAGAGGCAGGGCUUGAAGACCGGCUCCUUCUUCUACCCCGGCGGAAAUGUCACCUACCAAGGCGCGGCCGUGACGCUGAGCCGGAAGGAAGGCAUCCUGCACAACUAUAAAAACGAGAAGGAGUGGAGAGCCAACAUCGACACCGUGAUGAAGUGGUUCACGGAGGAGGACCUGGACCUGGUCACACUUUACUUUGGGGAACCAGACUCCACAGGCCACAAGUAUGGCCCUGAGUCCCAGCAGGUGAAGGAUAUGGUAAUGCAGGUGGACAGGACGGUGGGCUACCUGCGGGACAGCAUCAGAAACAACAGCCUCGAGAGACGGCUCAACCUGAUCAUCACGUCUGACCACGGCAUGACCACCGUCAACAAGACAGCCGGUGACCUCGUGGAAUUCCACAAGUUCCACAACUUCAGCUUCAAGGACAUUGAGUUCGAGCUCCUGGACUAUGGACCCAACGGGAUGCUGAUCCCCAAAGAAGGGAAGCUGGAGGAGGUGUAUGAGGUCCUCAAGGACGCCCACCCCAGACUUCACGUCUACAGGAAGGAGUCGUUCCCUAAGUCCUUCCACUAUGCCGACAACCCCAGGAUCACCUCCCUGCUCAUGUACAGCGAUCCCGGCUACGUCAUCCACGGGAGACUGAACGUGCAGUUCAACAACGGGGAGCACGGCUUUGACAACAAGGACAUGGACAUGAAGACCAUCUUCCGGGCUGUGGGCCCCAGCUUCAAGAGGGGUCUGGAGGUGGAGCCCUUCGAGAGCGUCCACGUGUACGAGCUCAUGUGCAAGCUACUGGGCAUCGUGCCCGAGGCCAAUGACGGGGACCUCAGCAUCCUGCUGCCCACGCUCACAUCCGAGGCCAACAACGGGCACCUCAGCACCGUGGUGCCCACACUC